CUCAGUGCACCUUGAGCUCGACUAGUUUCCAAUCACCAACCGAGCCUUCCUCACUCUCCAUCAUUACAAAACCCUAAAUCCAUUCAUUGCUGGAAAAAUUCUUCUCGAUACCAUGGCUUCCUCCUCUCUUCGUUUCAUGAUCCGUUCCUCUCUCCACACUCCAAGGCCACCUAACCCAACGUCGAAAGCUUUGGACAAGGCGGCGACGGCAGUGCGUUCUCCCUUCCCUCCAUCCACCCCCAAGGCCGCCUCCCGUUCUUCGGUUCGUCGAGUGGCAAGGUCCCCUUUGGAACUGAGUCGCUGCAGCUACUCUCUGUUUCCAUUGCAUACGGCGGUGGCAGCAGCGCGGUUGACUUCACGGCUGAGCUUCGUUUCUCAGAGCUGUCGAGCUCUUUCUCAGGCUGAUUCUGAUGGUCCGUGAAAGUUGGUCUGCAAGGUUUGGCUGCUGCACUGAUUUGCUGGAAGUCAAAAUUUUUGUUCACUUUCUUUUUAUGCUGCAUUUACAUUCAUACCACAUAAUUCUUAUAUAUUUACACAUCUAACACCUAAACUUUCAUAUUUGCAUAUAACCUCUAUUAUGUACGCAGCGCUUCGUACGUCUUACGUACAUUUUUCUCCAGCUAAGGACCAAAUUUCUCUUC